UAUAACCUAGAUUUGAGAUUAUCUUCUAUUUUUUUAUUCUGUAUACCUGAGCAAAGAAAAAUGGCAGAGACUAAUAUUUCAGUGCCUCAGGAUCAGUUCAGUUGUCCAAUCUGUCUGGAUCUAUUCAAUGAACCAGUGACUAUUCAGUGUGGACACAGUUUCUGUAUGGGAUGCAUUAGUGACUGCUGGGAUCAGGAGGAUCAGAAGGGAGUCUAUAGCUGUCCUCAGUGUAAAGAAACCAUCACUCCAAGACCUGCUGUGAGUAAAAACACUGUUCUGGCUGAAGUAACAGAGAAACUAAAGGCAGAUCUUCGAUCUCCACGUCCUGCUUAUUGUUCAUCUGUAACUGAAGAUUUGGAGUGUGAUUUCUGUACUGGGAAAAAAGACAAAGCUGUCAAAUCGUGUCUGGUGUGUUUGACCUCUUUCUGUGGGACUCACCUUCAACCUCACUAUGAAUUUCCUGCCUUUAAGAAGCACAAGCUGGUGGACGCCUCCAAAAGACUCCAGAUCUGCUCUCAUCAUAACAAACUGCUGGAGGUUUUCUGUCGCACAGAUCAGCAGUGUAUCUGCAUGCUGUGUAUGUUAGAUAAACAUAAAGGACAUGAUACAGUAUCAGCUUCAGCAGGAAAAGCUGAGAAACAGAAGCAGCUGUUGAAGACACAAAGAAAAUGCCAACAGAGAAUUUCGGAAAAAGAGAAGAAACAUCAGGAGCUGGCAGAAGCUGUGGAGUUUUAUGAAAAGUCUGCACAAAGAGCAGUUCGGGAAAGUGAGAGGAUCUUCACAGAGAUGAUCAAAUCCAUGAAGAGAAGACGUCAUAAGGUGAGAGAUCUGAUCAAAGCUCAAGAAAAAGCUGCAGUGAGUCGAGCUAAAGAAGUCAUGACGCAACUAGAGCAGGAGAUCGCAGAGCUGAAGAGAAGAGAUGCUGAGAUGGAGUGGCUUUUACAGGCAGAUUCCAUCUGUUUCCUCCAGGGUUUCUUGUCUCUCUUGGACACUCCCAUAUCGGAGGACUUGGACUCCAUCAGACUCAGUACUUUCCUCUCUCUUGAGGAUGUAACAGCAUUUGUGGCUCAGCUGAAGGACAAAGUGGAGGCUUUCUGCUGUGAGGAGGUCAGAAUGGUAUCAAAUACAAUAAAAGAACUCCAGAUCCUUCCACUUCCUGAACCCAAAAGCAGGGAAGAGUUCCUACAACAUUCCUAUCAAUUCACAUUGGAUCCCAACACGGUAAAUAAACACCUCUGUCUGUCUGAGAGGAACACGGUGGUGACCUGCACUGAAACUGCACAAUCAUAUUUGGCUCAUCCAGAAAGAUUUGAUUAUUAUCUCCAGGGGUUGUGUAGAGAAGGCAUCUGUGGACGUUGUUACUGGGAGCUGGAGUGGACCGGCCGUCAUGGCGUCUCUAUAGCAGUGUCGUAUAAAACCAUCAGCCGGAAAGGAAAAGAAGGUGAUGCAGAUGAAGUUGAGUUCUUGAGUCUGUGGCAGACUGACCCACUUCUUACUCUUGGCCACCAGAGCUCCAGUUCUCUCCACACCAUUACAGUCUUCCACUCCGGUUCCGUUCCCUGGCGCCCAGUUUUGGUAGCAGAUGGUUUUACCACUCACCCAGUACCAGAAGCCCAGAGCGCAGGUGUGACGCAGACCAAUCCACACAUCGGUGGUGACGUUUUUAGUGGCGUAUUCAACCCAGUCCUGUAUAUCCUUCGAGUAAAUAUAGAACAGGUCCACAUGGUUCUGUCUGCAGAACCUCAGAGCUUCUCGCCAUGUCUUCUUCUGAGCAAUCACUUUGAUUGGAGGUUGUUCUGCAAUCAGACAAAAAAGAUAAUAGUAACGACAACAGUUUAUUAUUAAGUCUUUUUCUGCUACUUGUUCCUCUUAUUCUUCUGGCUAUUGUGUCUAUAGUAGCCCAUCAUUUGUGCCAAGUGCUGAAAAUGCUCUAGCUCCACCAGUAGAUUAAAUUUAGACUUCAUUUGGAAGCAAAUUGUCAUAACUUUGUUACCAAAGCCUGAAUUUGAAAGAAAUCUUGAAUAUUGUCCAAUCGUCAACAUAUCUGUUUCAACUUUGGACUAAGCCUCAUAAAAGCAAUCAUUUUGAAUCCUCAUCAAAAUCUUGUUUGCUCUACCAUUUAUUUAUGUUCAGUUCCUCCAGCUCUAACUACAAGUUGUAAAGGUGACAAUGAAGCCUGUGCAGUAAAUCUGCUGUAACAUUGUUGGAUUACUCACUUCUAUAACAAAUAAAUAAAUUUGAAUGAC